AUGGGCCGGAUUGGUGGACCGGCACCAGAUAGCUAUAAAAUGGAACGCGAAGGGACCAACAGCGUCGGAAUCGUGCGUCAUAGUGCAGCGGUAACACUGUGUGCAUGUCGCAAAAGGAAUGUGGCUCAACAUCGCCUAGAUGCCCCUUUGUACUACUACGGAACUGCAGAGGAAGUAAACUCUGGAUCCCGUGAAAAGCGUCUGAGAAGGAGGUUGCGUGGCCAGCUGCAAAAAGACCGGGAAAAUGAAGGACAGCAAGAGCGAAGGAGUUUGAAAAGACCCCUCAACACCGCCAAUAGAGUGGCUGUCGGUGAAGCAACCCUUCCAAUUUGGAGGCAUCACUUCAAGACCUUGCUGAACAGACAAGCGCCGUCAGACCCUGAACUCGAGCACGUUGAUAUACCGACAGAUGCGAUUAACGAGGAACCAUAG